AUGGCGGCGCUGUUCUUCAGAGUGGUGAUAAAUGACAGCAGAGGACUCCUCCUGUGUGUCAUGUACCGUCCCCCAAGGCAAGGACGUUCAGCGCUGGAUUUCCUGAUGGAGGAACUGGACACUAUGCUACAGCAGAACAAGUGUUCCCAAGUCAUGAUUCUGGGGGAUCUAAACUUCCACCUGCAGCAGGAUGCCUUCAACAGCCUCCUGAUGGUGCAGGGUCUCACGAACCACGUGUCCUUCCCUACACAUGAGAGGGGAGGGUCGCUGGACCCUGUGCUAGCAGAUCUCCCUGACUCCAGCAUCGUCUGCCAUCAACUGGGGACGGUGGGCAUCUCCGACCACCACGCCGUGCUGGCUAGCGUCAAGCUGGAUAUAGCGAGGGAGGCCGCCGCCCCGCGCACUAUCUGGCUGUGGGAACAGGCUGACUGGGCAUCCCUGAGACACAACAUCGUUCGCUUGGACUGGGACGCCCUACUGAUAAGCAAUACGGAAAAAAAGGCCCGUGUCCUCACCACCAAGCUCCUUGCCCUCCAGCAGCAACACGUCCCCAGCAGAAGGUACCUCGGUAGGCCUAGUGACCCUGCUUGGUUCGGUUACCGAUGCCGAGCGGCCGCUGAGGCUAAACAGGUGAGGUACAAACGUCGUUCAACACACUACAGCUGGGCCCAACAUCGUGUGGCGUGUAGACGGUUGACAGCUACCUGCAGGUGGGCGAGACGGCAGCAGCGAGAGGACAUGAGGCGAAAGCUCUGUGGCUCAGGGAUUGGCCACAAGACUUGGUGGAGGCUUGUCAAGGAGCAGCAAGGGACAGGCCACCGCGACACUGUUCCUCCACUAACAAGGCUGGACAGGAAAACAGCCACCAGCAACGACACCGUCGCCGAUAUUCAGAUGACACGUGGACAGGUGGAGCGGCUAAUGAGGGAAGUAGAGGAGAACAAAGCCACCGGCCUGGACGACAUUAGCCCUCGGCUCCUCAAACGCUGUGCCAGUGAGCUGUCAGGUCCUCUCACCAGCGUUUUCAGGGCCUACCUGAUGGAGCACAGGUGGCCCUCUAUAUGGAAGGAGGCGCGGGUGGUACCAGCCCACAAGAAGAACUCACAGUCUGAACCCAGCAACUACAGACCCAUCUCACUGCUCUCCGUGGUGGGCAAGUUGCUGGAGCAGGCCUCCCAGCGAGUCUCUGCACUGCAUCGGAUGUCGGGAAACCUCGACUCCCGGGGCAUCCUCACACUGUACAAUGCUCAGAUACGAGCUUGUAUGGAGUACAGUGCCUUGUCCUGGAUGUCGAGUGCCCCUACCCACUUGCAGAGACUGGAUGCUUUGCAACGACGUGCCCUGCGCUUGUUAGUUCUCCUUACAUUUGACGACGCCGUAAACGACCUCAAAAAAGGCCUGUAUAAAGACCUCAUUAACGUGGGCCGCAAGGACCCCAACGGCUGUCCCAUCGCCUCCAUCAUGUAUGUGAGCCACAAGUGGACAGAGUAUUCCCAGGACCUUUAUCGCGAUCUAUUUGAGAACGGCCUCCUCAACCUCAACGGGAGCCCCAUCCUCUCAACCAUGUAUGAGUCACGAGCGGACCGAUUACUCCCAAGUCGGCUGCAACAAGAUGUACUGAAUCUUCAGGACUUCAUCAACCAUUCUUUCAUGACCGUGUACGAGAACAACCCGCUCAGCUGUCCCUACACCCUCGACUACAGGCUAUUCCACGACUGCAUCUUGUUUCACCAACUUCAUCCCCGCCUUAAAGGAUCCUAA